CAAGUUCUCAUGGAAAGAUGUAGCGACUGCCAUGUCCUCUGCCAGACGUCGUAUGGAGGCUGAGCGACUUUAUGACGCAGCACUGGGAGGCUCUCCGUGCGAUGAAUCUCCAUUGGUUCAGAUGAUGAUGCGGCUACAGGAGGAGCUGCGGGCAUACUUGUUCUUGUUCGUCGAGGUGGCAUCCCUCGGAGCUGCGGCUCCGACUUGUCGGCCCCUACGAGAUUUCCUUUGGAAUGAUCCAGCAUUUUGGAAGGUCUAUGCCGGUGUUUGCUUCUCGCGUGUCUCCCAAGUCUCGGAUGCUGCCAGCUUGAGGGAACGCUUUCGCAUUUGGCUCUUUCACUUGGAAGAUGAGUGGGCGACCGACUUCCAGGAAGGUCUGUUACAGGAAAACCACUCCGACUUCGGCGCCAACUACCUGCAGCUUUUUAAAGAUGCCAGGUACAUCGCGUCGGGUCUCAUGCCGUGGGACAACUGCCAGCAGGUGAAGACGUUUUCGGACGUGUCCUCGACCAUGCUGCGGGAGUACAAUCCCAAACAGUUGGAUGAGAGAUGGGCAGCCGAGAGUUUCAUCUCGAAGGUGGAAGGCCGGGAAGAUGUCUUCAGCAAGGAUCAGGUGCGUGGCAUCAUCGAGGCUUUCGAGGAGUCCUUAGAGAAGUCCAUCCUGCAACAACACUUGGAGGGAGUGGAAGAUGCCCAGUGGGGCGAGCCAAUUGCAGAGGGAGCUGAGUGGCAAAGCUGGGACUUGGAAGAAGACUCCGAGGACUCCUUUGGCCUCGGCGAUGAGUAACGCCGACAGAUGCGAAGAGCCAAGGCCAGCAACGCGGCUCACGCAAUUGUGGUGACCAAAGGGUGUUGCCCAAUGCUUCGGCAAUACACUUGGCGACAGCAAAAAAACAUGGCGGCCGAUUGCUUCGGCCUUG